UUCUCAGAAGCGCCGAGAGCGCGGCCGGGACGGUUGGAGAAGAAGGCGGCUCCCGGAAGGGGGAGAGACAAACUGCCGUAACCUCUGCCGUUCGGGAGCCCGGUUAACUAUUUAUUUGUUACCCUCUUUCUUCUCCCCCCUCUGAACCCUUUUCCUUCCCCCUCCUCCUUUUUUUUCCUUUUUGAGAAACGAAAAACCUCCGGAAACAGGGAGGAAAACUCCUUUCGCUCCUUUUCAUUUCCCCGCCUCCUUCCCUCCCCCAACCUUUCCCUCCUCCGGCCUUCCCUUCCCUACUUAGGGAAGAUCCUUCCCGGCGGCCGCCCCGACGGGGUCUGAGCUCUUAGGCGGAGGCGGCGCAGGCUUUUUGUAGUGAGGUUUGCGCCUGCGCAGCGCGCCUGCCUCCGCGAUGCACGGGGGUGGCCCCCCCUCCGGGGACAGCGCAUGCCCGCUGCGCACCAUCAAGCGAGUGCAGUUCGGAGUUCUCAGCCCGGAUGAACUGAAGCGAAUGUCUGUGACAGAGGGUGGUAUCAAGUACCCUGAGACAACUGAGGGAGGCCGGCCCAAGCUUGGGGGGCUUAUGGAUCCGAGGCAAGGGGUGAUUGAGCGAACUGGCCGCUGCCAAACAUGUGCAGGAAACAUGACAGAGUGCCCUGGCCACUUCGGCCACAUCGAGCUGGCCAAGCCUGUGUUUCACGUGGGCUUCCUGGUGAAGACGAUGAAAGUUUUGCGCUGUGUCUGCUUCUUCUGCUCCAAGCUGCUUGUGGACUCAAACAACCCCAAGAUCAAGGACAUUCUGGCCAAGUCUAAGGGGCAGCCCAAGAAGCGGCUCACACACGUCUAUGACCUCUGCAAGUCCUUUGCUCAUUUGCCCUCAGCGGGGGAGGAGAUGGACAACAAGUUUGGUGUGGAGCAACCUGAAGGUGAUGAGGAUUUGACCAAAGAAAAGGGCCAUGGUGGCUGUGGGCGGUACCAGCCCAGGAUCCGGCGCUCAGGCCUGGAGCUGUAUGCGGAGUGGAAGCAUGUCAAUGAGGACUCUCAGGAGAAGAAGAUCCUGCUGAGUCCCGAGCGCGUGCAUGAGAUCUUCAAGCGCAUCUCGGACGAGGAGUGCUUUGUGCUGGGCAUGGAGCCGCGCUACGCCCGGCCCGAGUGGAUGAUCGUCACGGUGCUGCCGGUGCCUCCGCUGUCUGUGCGGCCUGCCGUUGUGAUGCAGGGUUCUGCCCGCAACCAGGAUGACCUGACUCACAAACUGGCCGACAUCGUGAAGAUCAACAACCAGCUUCGGCGCAAUGAGCAGAACGGCGCGGCGGCCCACGUCAUUGCAGAGGACGUGAAGCUCCUCCAGUUCCAUGUGGCCACCAUGGUGGACAAUGAGCUGCCUGGCUUGCCUCGAGCCAUGCAAAAGUCUGGGCGUCCCCUCAAGUCCUUGAAGCAGCGGUUAAAGGGCAAGGAAGGCCGGGUGCGAGGGAACCUGAUGGGCAAGCGAGUGGACUUCUCAGCCCGCACGGUCAUCACCCCCGACCCCAACCUCUCCAUUGACCAGGUUGGCGUGCCUCGCUCCAUUGCCGCCAACAUGACCUUUGCAGAGAUUGUCACCCCCUUCAACAUUGACAGACUUCAGGAACUAGUGCGCAGGGGGAACAGCCAGUACCCAGGGGCCAAGUACAUCAUCCGAGACAAUGGGGAUCGCAUUGACCUGCGUUUCCACCCCAAGCCCAGUGACCUUCACCUACAGACUGGCUAUAAGGUGGAGCGGCACAUGUGCGAUGGGGACAUUGUCAUCUUCAACCGGCAGCCAACUCUGCAUAAAAUGUCCAUGAUGGGACAUCGGGUCCGCAUCCUCCCCUGGUCGACUUUUCGCUUGAACCUUAGUGUGACAACCCCGUACAAUGCUGACUUCGAUGGCGAUGAGAUGAACUUGCACCUUCCACAGUCUCUCGAGACUCGGGCAGAGAUCCAGGAGCUGGCCAUGGUGCCACGCAUGAUCGUCACGCCCCAGAGCAAUCGCCCGGUCAUGGGCAUCGUGCAGGACACGCUCACUGCCGUGCGCAAGUUCACGAAGAGAGACGUCUUCCUGGAGCGGGGUGAAGUGAUGAACCUCCUAAUGUUCCUGUCCACGUGGGACGGAAAGGUGCCACAGCCGGCCAUCCUGAAGCCCCGGCCCCUGUGGACAGGCAAGCAGAUCUUCUCCCUCAUCAUACCAGGCCACAUCAACUGUAUCCGCACCCACAGCACCCACCCCGACGACGAGGACAGCGGCCCUUACAAGCACAUCUCUCCCGGGGACACUAAGGUGGUGGUGGAGAAUGGGGAGCUCAUCAUGGGCAUCCUGUGUAAGAAGUCUCUGGGCACAUCAGCUGGCUCCCUGGUCCACAUCUCUUACCUCGAGAUGGGCCAUGACAUCACUCGCCUCUUCUAUUCCAACAUUCAGACUGUCAUUAACAACUGGCUCCUCAUUGAGGGUCAUACCAUUGGCAUUGGGGACUCUAUUGCUGAUUCCAAGACUUACCAGGACAUUCAGAACACGAUCAAGAAGGCCAAGCAGGAUGUCAUAGAGGUCAUCGAGAAGGCGCAUAACAACGAGCUGGAGCCCACCCCAGGGAACACCCUGCGGCAGACGUUUGAGAACCAGGUGAACCGCAUUCUCAACGACGCCCGAGACAAGACUGGCUCCUCUGCCCAGAAGUCCCUGUCUGAAUACAACAACUUUAAGUCUAUGGUUGUGUCUGGAGCUAAAGGUUCCAAGAUCAACAUCUCCCAGGUCAUUGCUGUUGUCGGGCAGCAGAACGUGGAGGGCAAGCGGAUCCCGUUUGGAUUCAAGCACCGGACUCUGCCCCACUUCAUCAAGGAUGACUAUGGGCCCGAGAGCCGUGGCUUUGUGGAGAACUCCUACCUGGCCGGCCUCACACCCACCGAGUUCUUUUUCCAUGCCAUGGGCGGGCGUGAAGGGCUCAUCGACACAGCUGUCAAGACUGCUGAGACUGGAUACAUCCAGCGGCGGCUGAUCAAGUCCAUGGAGUCGGUGAUGGUGAAGUAUGACGCCACUGUGCGCAACUCCAUCAACCAGGUGGUGCAGCUGCGCUACGGCGAGGACGGCCUGGCGGGCGAGAGCGUGGAGUUCCAGAACCUGGCUACCCUCAAGCCUUCCAACAAGGCUUUUGAGAAGAAGUUCCGCUUCGAUUACACCAAUGAGAGGGCCCUGCGGCGCACUCUGCAGGAGGAUCUGGUGAAGGACGUGCUGAGCAACGCACACAUUCAGAACGAGCUGGAGCGAGAAUUUGAAAGGAUGCGUGAGGAUCGGGAGGUGCUCAGGGUCAUCUUCCCAACUGGGGACAGCAAGGUUGUCCUCCCCUGUAACCUGCUGCGCAUGAUCUGGAAUGCUCAGAAAAUCUUCCAUAUCAACCCUCGCCUUCCCUCGGACCUGCACCCCAUCAAGGUGGUAGAGGGAGUCAAAGACUUGAGCAAGAAGCUGGUGAUUGUGAAUGGGGAUGACCCUCUGAGCCGGCAGGCCCAGGAAAACGCCACGCUGCUCUUCAACAUUCACCUUCGGUCCACGCUGUGCUCCCGCCGCAUGGCUGAGGAAUUUCGGCUCAGUGGAGAGGCCUUCGACUGGCUGCUUGGAGAGAUUGAGUCCAAGUUCAACCAAGCCAUUGCCCAUCCUGGGGAGAUGGUGGGAGCUCUGGCUGCACAGUCCCUUGGAGAGCCUGCAACCCAGAUGACCUUGAACACCUUUCACUACGCUGGUGUGUCAGCCAAGAAUGUGACACUGGGUGUGCCCCGGCUUAAGGAGCUCAUCAACAUUUCCAAGAAGCCAAAGACCCCCUCACUCACUGUCUUCCUGCUGGGCCAGUCUGCGCGAGAUGCUGAGAGAGCCAAGGACAUUCUGUGCCGUCUGGAACAUACAACGUUGAGGAAGGUGACUGCCAACACAGCCAUCUACUAUGACCCCAAUCCUCAGAGCACGGUGGUGGCAGAGGAUCAGGAGUGGGUGAAUGUCUACUAUGAGAUGCCUGACUUUGAUGUGGCCCGAAUCUCCCCCUGGCUUCUGCGGGUGGAGCUGGACCGGAAGCACAUGACUGACCGGAAGCUGACCAUGGAGCAGAUUGCUGAAAAGAUCAAUGCUGGUUUUGGCGAUGACUUGAAUUGCAUCUUUAAUGACGAUAAUGCAGAGAAGCUGGUCCUCCGUAUCCGCAUCAUGAACAGUGAUGAAAACAAGAUGCAGGAGGAGGAAGAGGUGGUGGACAAGAUGGAUGACGAUGUUUUUCUGCGCUGCAUUGAGUCCAACAUGCUGACAGAUAUGACCCUGCAGGGUAUCGAGCAGAUCAGCAAGGUGUACAUGCACCUGCCACAGACAGACAAUAAGAAGAAGAUCAUUAUCACCGAGGACGGGGAGUUCAAGGCCCUGCAGGAGUGGAUCCUGGAGACGGACGGUGUGAGCCUGAUGCGGGUGCUGAGUGAGAAGGACGUGGACCCCGUGCGCACCACGUCCAAUGACAUCGUGGAGAUCUUCACGGUGCUGGGAAUUGAAGCUGUGCGGAAGGCCCUGGAGCGGGAGCUGUACCAUGUCAUCUCCUUUGAUGGCUCCUACGUUAAUUACCGGCACUUGGCUCUCUUGUGUGAUACCAUGACCUGUCGUGGCCACUUGAUGGCCAUCACGCGACACGGAGUCAACCGCCAGGAUACUGGCCCUCUCAUGAAAUGCUCCUUCGAGGAAACGGUGGAUGUGCUGAUGGAAGCAGCUGCGCACGGAGAGAGCGACCCCAUGAAGGGGGUGUCUGAGAACAUCAUGCUGGGCCAGCUGGCUCCCGCCGGCACUGGCUGUUUCGACCUCCUCCUCGAUGCAGAGAAGUGCAAGUACGGCAUGGAGAUCCCCACCAACAUCCCCGGCUUGGGGGCUGCCGGACCCACCGGCAUGUUCUUCGGCUCAGCACCCAGUCCCAUGGGAGGAAUUUCUCCAGCCAUGACGCCCUGGAACCAGGGCGCAACCCCAGCCUACGGCGCCUGGUCCCCCAGUGUUGGGAGUGGAAUGACUCCAGGGGCCGCCGGCUUCUCUCCCAGCGCUGCUUCAGAUGCCAGUGGCUUCAGCCCGGGUUACUCCCCCGCCUGGUCUCCCACCCCCGGCUCCCCAGGCUCCCCAGGCCCUUCAAGCCCGUACAUCCCGUCACCAGGUGGUGCCAUGUCUCCCAGCUACUCACCAACGUCGCCUGCCUACGAGCCCCGCUCCCCUGGGGGCUACACACCGCAGAGUCCCUCUUACUCUCCCACUUCACCCUCCUACUCCCCUACCUCUCCAUCCUAUUCUCCAACCAGCCCCAACUACAGUCCCACAUCACCCAGCUACUCUCCAACCUCUCCCAGCUACUCCCCGACUUCUCCCAGCUACUCCCCGACCUCCCCCAGUUAUUCUCCCACCUCUCCCAGCUAUUCUCCAACUUCCCCAAGCUACUCGCCUACAUCACCUAGCUACUCGCCAACCUCUCCCAGCUACUCACCAACCUCUCCCAGCUACUCGCCAACUUCUCCCAGUUACUCGCCAACAUCACCCAGCUAUUCUCCCACCUCUCCUAGCUACUCGCCAACUUCUCCGAGUUAUUCUCCGACAUCACCAAGUUACUCACCCACUUCCCCAAGUUACUCACCCACCAGCCCUAACUAUUCUCCAACCAGUCCCAAUUACACCCCUACAUCACCCAGCUAUAGCCCAACGUCGCCCAGCUACUCACCUACUAGUCCCAACUACACACCAACAAGCCCUAACUACAGCCCAACCUCUCCGAGCUACUCUCCAACUUCACCCAGCUACUCCCCGACCUCACCAAGUUACUCCCCUUCAAGUCCACGGUACACACCACAGUCUCCAACCUAUACCCCAAGCUCGCCCAGCUACAGUCCCAGCUCUCCCAGCUACAGCCCUACCUCACCGAAGUAUACCCCAACCAGCCCUUCCUACAGUCCCAGCUCACCAGAGUAUACCCCAACCUCUCCCAAGUACUCGCCUACCAGCCCGAAGUAUUCGCCCACCUCUCCCAAGUAUUCUCCUACCAGCCCCACCUAUUCGCCCACCACCCCGAAAUACUCACCAACGUCUCCUACUUACUCCCCGACCUCUCCAGUCUACACCCCAACCUCCCCCAAGUACUCACCUACUAGCCCCACCUACUCCCCCACCUCCCCCAAGUACUCGCCGACCAGCCCCACCUAUUCACCCACCUCCCCCAAAGGCUCUACCUACUCGCCCACUUCCCCGGGCUACUCGCCCACCAGCCCCACCUAUAGUCUCACCAGCCCAGCCAUCAGCCCAGAUGACAGUGAUGAGGAGAACUGAGGCUGAGCAGGGCACAGCAGCAGCUGGCUAAGGCGAAGGGCGUCCUCUCACCUCCCUCGUGGGGUGCAAGCCGCCAGCCUGGCUCCUUUGUACAUAGCUCCUUGUGUUCCCCAUCGAAGUUUGGUCCUGUUUCCGGUGGGGCUUUGGUCUUGUUCUCCACUUGUGCUGUCUCCGAACCCACUCUCCUGACUGGUGUUCUUCCUACCCCACCCACCCAAGUCUGUCCCCAAAUUGAGGAUCCCUCCUUGCCUGUGGCUUGAUUGGGGGUAAAGGGUAUUUUGACUUCUUAGGGGUAGUUCCUGCUCUGGGUCGUUACAUCUGAUCCUCAAGAACAAAGCUAAAGCUGCCUUUCUGUGUAUUAUUUUUUGAAAUUUAAAUAAAGUUUACUAAUUUUGACCAAAA